AUGCUAAAGAAGAUAUCUUCCCUCGCUGCUGGCAGCUACGGCUACCACAGCGCCAGCAGGCCCCUGCAAAUUCGCCGCAGGAGCCUCGAUGAGGACCAGCUACGAAGGCAGAGCGGGAAUGGCCGCAGUGAUGACUCAGGGACAGACGGCUCACAACCGGAGGCGGAGGGCCUCAAGAAUGCCAUGGAUAUGCUGAUAGCUGAGAACAAACACUUAAAAGCGCUCAUUGAGGAGCGCGAUGCGCGUGCCAGCUCAGUAAAUACAGCAGAGGAAAGGGAGGAGGUAGAGGCGCUGAGGAGAGAUUGCACCGAGGCAAAGGAUGAGGCGGCCCGGCUUCGGCAACAACUGGAGGCCAAAGUGGAACUGAUUGAAUCGAUGAAACGCGAGAGGGCGCUACAGAACAAUGAGGGAAUGCAGGAACUCCAAGAUAAAAUUAAGUCGCUGGAGGCCCAGCUCGAGUUCGAGUGCAAAAACCAUGCCGAGGAGCUUGAAGAGAAGGAGGCGCGGAUUGCCGAACUUGAAAUGCAGCUUCUGGAUGCUCAGCAGAAACCUUCGGGGGAGGUGCUUGCGCGUCAGGACGAGCUAACUGCAGAGGAAAAGCAGCUGAGAGAGGACCUGAAGAACCAACUAGCUGCUACAGCGGCAGAGGUUGCUCGGAAGGACGCAGAAAUAAGUAGACUUCAGGCAGAGCUUGAGUCCAGCCGGGAGGCGACCGCAGACAGGAAAGCAGAGCAGUCGUCUUCCGAGGAUGACGAGCGCGCCAAGGACUUAUGCAGGCGCAUAAAGAUUCUUGAGGCGAAGUUGGGCGAAGAAGAGACCAAACGCCUUGCAGUUGAACAAUCGCUUGCCCGCCAUCGCGCUGAUGCAGCAGAGAACGAAGAAGGCAACGCGUCUAUGGAGGAUUUACGAAGAGAGAUUCAGGAAAAAGAUGCAGCGCUUCAGGGGAUGAAGAAGGACGAACUUGAACAGCAACUGCAAAAGCUCCGGGAGGCGCCAUCGGCUCCUGAGACACCUCGUGCGCUGAGCAGCCGACGUAGCUUCUUUGGACGCAGCAAGUCGACUGCCUUGGAGAGGGACGCUCUUGCUUCUCAAGUGCAGCAGCUCGAAGAACAGCUACAGAAACUGACGGAGAAACGGGUGGAGCUCGAGAGGACACGAGUCAAACUGGAAGGACAGCUGGCUGAGGCUGUGCAGGACGUCCGUCAGGCGCGGAAAGAGAAAUCAGUACUCCAAGAUAGGCUUAAAGAGAGGGAGGCAGCUCUUGAUGCUCUUCGAGCGGCUCACGCGGACGUUAGAAGGCCUCUCGACGUCCCUCAGAACAUUGUCCUGCCGUUGCCAAAGGGCCGCCAGGAUGCCGAGUUGGAGGCGAAGGCGCAGCUGGUGCUGAAGGAUGGAGUCAUCAGGACGCUCAGCAGCCGCAUAGCGUUUUUGCAGUUUGCUCUGAAGGAGGUCACAGCAGAGAAAGAGGAACUCUUGGCACAGCCGGCAACUGUCGCGCUGCAGCAACAACUGCAGGAAGUGAAAAAGGAACUGCUCGAAACCUCAGCCAAAUACCGGGGCGUUGUCAACCAGCGAACAGAGCUGAGGGAAAAGGUGGCGGUGUUGACCAAAGAAGCUGAAAAAGCCAGUCGAGAAGUAACUGUUCUUAGGGCUGCGCUUGAUGAGUCACAGACGCGGCUGACCACAACUGCUGACAAGUUCAAAGAGCAAAACGAUAGAUACCGCAACAUGGUCUCAGCUUCGCUUUCAAGGAUAGAGGAAUUGCAGGAUGAAGUGUCUAGAGAACGCAACAGCAAAAUACUGGUGGGGAAGGUGUAUCGGCAGGAGAUGCUGGAGCUGAGGAAGGCAGCGGUGCACUUGGGGGGCGUGCGAGGUGAUCCCGUAAGGCCUCUCUCUUCCGGUAGAGAGCAAGAGGAGCAGGAGCAGCAUCAAAGACAGCAGCAACAGCAGCAGAGCGAGAAGAAGCAGGUGGAAUUUCGUCCUUUGCCGAAUCCGUUUCCGCUUGAGAAGGCACCUCUUCCAUUUGCAGCAGAAGCCGCGAAGCAGAAGCCUGUGAUGUCUUUUGCUCCUUUUGGAGCUAUGCAUGGACGAACCCCAACUCCGUGCUGCCCGUUCAGCCGAGGCAUUCCAGUUCCUGUUACCGCGCACACACAACAAACCGACUUUGCUGUCAUCCCUCUUUGCUACCCUGCGGAGACAGGUGCUGCAGCAAUCGAGACAAAGUUGUCAGAACAGCAGCGACAAGCAGGGCAACCCUUGCAUGUAUAUGCAAAACAGCACGAAAGCAGCUACACGCAGGGGUGGCAGCAGUACCAAGCCCAACCAAAAAUGGCAGCUCCUCCUGCUUCCCAGGAGUCGUCUGAUGUUCCUAGACUUGCUUCUGGCUCGGCACCUCGUACAACCACCAAUUUGCAAAGGUCUGGCAGCGGGGUUGAAGGAGCUCAGACUCCUUCAACACCGCUGCCCACGGAACAGGAGAGACUUCCUCACCAGCAGCUCCAGGGGAAGCAACAAACGCAACACGAACAAGGGGGCCCUCAGCAGGAAGCUACAGGAGCUGACGUCGUCCAACACAGGCCUCCUGAAUCUACGGGUGCACCGAAGGAGCCCACAGAUACGCAGCUGCCACCAAGCCAGCAACGCUGUAUCGACACAAGCAUCCCCCCGCAGCAGCACCAGCAGCAGCAGUUGCACCCCCAGCAGCAGCACCUGACGGACCUUCAUUCUGUUUCUGGAAGACGCAGCAGCAACACGGAUCGCGGCAGUAGUAACAGCAGCAACAGUAGCAGUAACAGCAGCAGCAGUAGCUGCAGGCCUUCUGCACUUCGCACGCAAGUGAGCGCUGGCAGUGACCGCCUAGAUGCCGUAGCAUUCAGUGGGGAUAUAAGUGGGGUGCCGGCCGCUCCGUCUGCACCGAUGGACAGCGGCAGCCUCCUUCGUGAUUUACAGCAAAUUCAAAGCAAAAAGAAAGUGUUGUUCACUCCUGGCCCCGGAAGCCGAGGCCCCCAAGAGGGGCCCCCUAUUGGGGAAAAUCCCUUUGAUGCUGAUGAUGACAGCAUUCCUGACUUGUCCUAA